AUGGAACAAUUCGGCGUCGCCGCGGCGCAUUCGGGCGCAAUCAACCAUGUCCACGCCAUCCACUUCGGGCCCGCCGCCGUGGACGUCGUCCGGGAGGUGCGGCUGGCCGUGACCGUCGUCGUCAUCGGCUGGGUCGCCGUCACGGGGAUCAGGACGUACUUUGACCGUGGGAGGCGUUAA